UUAAUAACUUUGAAGGGAAAACGGAGUCUGUUUUGAGCGCGGUAUUGAUCGUGAAGCGUGAUUAAUUUAAUUCUGUCUCCCAGCAAGCACAAAUACGUCUGCUCAAAAUAUCUUCUGCUACCUUUUCAGGAAGAAGAGUCCAUGGCACAGGGGCCUGGUCGUCAGAACGCGGGCAGGCAAAGACAUACUUCACAUCAGGUCAGAGCGAGCAGACGAUCGCUGAGCGCGGAAAGCAGGCCGUACAAAUACGCAACUUAUGUGUCAGAUCGCGCUCAGUCAUCGACUGGCGAAAAUUCAGCAGACGAGUCAUUGCUAAAACAACCAGGUAGCGAGGAUGUGUUCCAGUCUAGUUAUGGUGCUAAAAACAGGACUUCCAAUCGCAGUGGAGCCCCGGAAAUGGGCAUAAAAACUAUAGAAAUGGAAAAUUCUUCAGUGAUUCAAACAGUGGAAAUAUUCAAACGACCUGGUCAAACUCUUGGAUUUUAUAUUCGCGAGGGAAAUGGUCAGGACCGACAGGAAGGAGUGUUUAUUUCGCGGAUUCAAGCUGGAACAGUAGCAGAAAGUAAUGGAUUAUUACACAUAGGAGAUGAAAUUGUGUCUGUGAAUACCGUGGAGGUGGGUAAAAUGUCUUUAGACGAUGUUGUUAUAUUAAUGUCUAUUCCUAGAAAAUUGAUACUUAAAAUUAGGUCUAAGAAAAAUUGUAAUAAGAAAAAUGUGUCAUGCCCAUCUUUAGCUGUGACAGAAAAAGAUGAACCACCAGUGGUUGUGAUAAAGAAAGGUCAUGUUCGGGCCAACUCGGACACUCAGUUGGAGAUGACCGAGAAGAUCCCGAACAUGUUCGAACCGUCUCCUCAUCUAGAUACGGAUUAUUUAGGGAAACGUUUAACUCGCCAAGAACGCACUACCUCUCAAUAUGCUAGUAUUUUCAUAUCUCCUCAUAAGGCUGAGGCUAAAUUAUUGACUGGUGAUGACAACAAUAGUGACCAUUCUAGUGAAGGCUCAUUACCGCGUAGUAUAGAUUCAGGCAGCAAAGACCAUUAUGCGGGCCAUCGAGGUUAUAGCGCUGCGAUGGUCACUCCUGAAGAUCCUUAUGGCUACCUCGCACCAAGCUCAUUACCAACGUACUCACUGCCACAGAGUGAUUCAUUAGAGCGUGAAUAUGGUCGAAUACUUCAUAAAGAUCAGCAACAACAACAACAAAAAUACAUCCCCGGUCACCAAAGAUCGCCUUCAAAAGGCAGUACAAUAUCUCAUACCCCUGCCCGAACUAGGUAUUAUAGUUCGGACAGCGAUAGAGGUGCUUAUAGUGAUACAUACCAAGCGUUAUCCGAGUGUGGGUACGGUUCUCGAGGCUACAGUGACAGUUCCAGACGGUAUAUAGGUGGUUUCAGGGAAAUGAUACAUUCCAAAGCAAAAUACGGUGGCAAAAUGCCACGUCCGAGAUCUCCCGAGUGUUAUAAUUCAGAUUCUGAGGUGUUAUACACGAGCCCCAGCGGCGGUGUUCUCGCGGCUGACUCUAGGGGUUUUGCCUCGGAUUAUGAAACAUAUGCCGGCGCAGUGAGUGACGAAGAACCUGUGUAUGCUGUUCCCAAACCGAUCUCAUCCAGCAGUAGCACAGAAUUGCAAAUGCUACUUCGGAAGUUCAAUACCCUCUCACACGAGCUGCAAGCGGAGCAAAACCGUCUACAGCAACAGCUCACGGCACGGGACCGAUCUACAGGUGCUAUAGGAUAUUCUCGAGCUGAGGGUUAUUGUUCUGAUGAAUAUGGUACUAUCUAUUCCUCUCCAAGUAGCAGCUACGCCACUAAAUCUCUAUCCCCCGUGCCAAACCGGAAGGUGGCUGCUGCGACGCAGACGCCUUCGCACGUGAAACUUCUUCGAAAGCAUAGCGCCGACUGUCUGUUGUCGUACAAAACAUAUCAAAUGGAGGAACCAUACGCCACGAUAGAACCCCCCUCCACUCAGGAAGCGAGAUACUCAAAGCCACAUAUGCAUUCUUCAUCGAAGGGGCAAAAAGUGCCCCCAACCACAUCUACCUCAAUUACUUCGGCGUCAAACGCCGAGGCUAGUAAAGCUAUAGAUACUAAUGGCAAAACUAUUACUCGAACUUCCGCCAGUAGGUUCAGAGAUUUGCAAUUAGCAAAGCGACCAUUGCAGAUCGCGUAUGGUGAUUUUGAUUGUUAUAAAGUUGAUCUGAAGAAAAGAAAUGAAUUUGCUCGUGCAAACGGGCAUGAUGGAAUUUUAUGUGUGCACGUGUUAUGUGGUCAAGGUUUAAAGUGUGCUCGGAUGACCUUACGUGAUCUGUACUGCGUUGUGUCAAUAGAUUCUAUUAACAAAGCUCGAACAAUGAUACGGACGGGUGCAGUCAAUUUUGACUGGGACGAGGCUUUUGAUAUAGAUCUAGAAAAUGCAAGGGACGUGUCUUUUUUAAUUUAUAAUUGGGAUCCUAAUUAUAAGCAUAGGUUGUGUUUCCAUGGGUCUUUAUUUUUACCCGGAUUUAUAGACCCAGGUAGGAAGAAAAAAAUUGCUCUUAAAAUGGAACCCAAAGGACUUCUUUACCUCACUGUUCUCUAUAAAGAACCCAAAGAAAUUCUACAACGAUUACCUUCUGUGAAAAGUGAUGGAGUUUUUGGUGUGGAUUUGGAUACCGUGAUAAAACGUGAACCCGGAAGUUCGCACAUUCCUCUCUUGGUUGUGAAAAGUAUAGAAGAAAUUGAACGUCGUGGUUUGGAUGUUGUUGGAAUAUAUAGACUUUGUGGGUCAUCGCGACGGAAAGCGCAGCUACGGGAAGCGUUCGAGAAGAAUUCUGCAAAUGUGGACCUGUCUCCUGAUAAUGUAUCUGAUAUCCAUGUUGUUACAGGUGUUCUCAAAGAUUAUUUUCGGGAGUUAUCGGAGCCGCUGGUGACCAACGCCCUCUACCAGAUGAUGUUGGAUGCCCUCAGUGUUCGCCUACCGAGUGAUCCCGAUGGCAGUGCUAAACUUAUGUUGAGCAUCCUAGAGUGCCUUCCAAAAUCCAAUCAGGAGACGAUGUCAGUGGUGCUGAACCAUCUCCAUGAAGUAGCGGCCCACAGUGACAAGAACAAGAUGGGACUGGAACAGUUAGCAGUGUGUUUAGGUCCUGUCCUUCUAUGUCCUUCAUCCGUCGGCUCCGACGACGAGACUCUAGAGUACAGCAAACAUAUUGAGGUCCUGAAAUACCUGCUUGAAAUAUGGGGCAAUAAAAAUAAUGAUGGUUCCAAGCCAACCAGCACUCCAUCUUCUCAGAAAUCUGCGAGUCCUCCGGUUAAUACAAGUUGACAGACGUGUUUAUAGGAUUUUCAAGAUUUCUUCUACUGGCAAUUGAGAGGCGGGGACAGUAUAUUCAAGUUAAUAGGAAACGUGUUUGUAGGAUCUACUACCUGUCUUAUUCUGAGGAAGUCAUAAAACAUUAAAUUCAAGUUGAAGGACAACGUUCUUGUAAAAUCUUCAACAAUUCUCCAGACACGGCAGACGCGGUUACAUUUAAUUCACGUUGAUAAAAAACGUGUUUGUAAUUUCUGCAAAUACAGAAGUCGGGAGUAAAUACAAGUUUAGAAGCAACUUGUUUAUAGAUAUAUCAACGACAUUAAAUGCAAGAUAAUUAACAGACAAUUUGUGUGUAGGAUCCUCAACAACUUUUAAGACAUGAAAUCGGUCAGAAAAUAUUAAAUCUAAAUAAGCUAUAUGUAGGAUUUUCUUCGUGUUAUUCAAACACGGUAGACAUGAACAUUCAAUGCAAGUUGACAGCCACUUGUUUGUAGGAUCUGUAACAUCUCUUUCAGUGAUUCACAAUUCAGGAACAUUGAAUACAACCUCAAAGACAACAUUUAUGCAAGAACAGCAUAAACGAAAAUAGUUCUUCAGUCACAAAAUAGAAAUGCUUCGAUCCGUUUUGAAAGAACUCGCUCUGUGCUAGUUUUCAGCAAUACACGUUGUUGUGUUGACAGACCAGCUUGGAACAAAAAUUAACAAUCAAUUGUCCAGUCAACAAAUUCAGCAACUAUUGCGGCUGGAUUGUGUUUCUUGAGGAACAUACUGCUUCAGUGGUGAUUUUAUCUUUCAAAGGCGAUUUAAAGAAGUAGGCAUAUAAUGAAAAUCCGUAUUUUCCGUUCGGUCGAGUUAUCUCUGUACGCAACUUCGGUAUUCUCCGUUUGUUUUGAAAAAAAAAAGCAUUUUUUGUUACGGGCGAAGGAUGCUGAAUUAGCAUACGAUGAUACGUGAUUGCACGGAAAUUGCCGAUUAUAAAUAUGGGACCAGUACCUUAACGGGCACACUUUUAUAUCAAAACUGAUAUACUGGAUUUAGCUUAGAUAUAUGACAGAAAAAGUUUAAAUGGUCAGUUUUCAGACACACAAAUUACAAAUUAUUAAUCUUUGGCUUGACGGCAGUUGAUAUUAGUAGAAUCUACAUUCUUGCCUCCUUAAAGAAUAAUUUUUGAAAUUUCAAUAAAAAGGUAAAAUCAUCCAUGAAUUUGAAACAUGUACGAGUUUUAAUGUAAAAACAUAUAGGUACAUAACUGUGCACUAAAUGAAAUGUUUGAUUUCGUACAUUUAAAGAAAUUUACAUUCCAAUUUUUAGGCAAACAAUACCAGUUCUCUGCAAAAUAUAUUGAGCUUAUAACAUAACAAAUUGAAGCAACACCAUUUGAAAAAAAAACAACAUAAUUAUGUAAAACAUAUUCAAGAAACGGACAAGAAAACUUAGUGAUUCGGGUGCAGUCGGUGUCAUGUUAUCGUGAGUUAUAUGAGUGCUCUAACAUCGAUUAAUUAAGGAUUUCGAUACGGAAUCACCUUUCAGAGGAAUUUGUUGAAAUGUUCCCUCGUGCGACAUGAUUAUUUCUUUUAAUUAGAGAGAUGGAUUCUAUAUUGACCAUUUUAUUUCUUGAGGUGAUACUUUACUCAGUGUCAAACCUAUUCCAGGAGAAAUGAUCAGUUCAGUAAUAACUGCAGUGCAAUUACUUGACGGUAAUUGGACACGGAAAUUCUUAAAUUGACUCUGUUUGCUUUUUUUCACCUUCAGUCUUUUAGAAGGUACCGUACUUGUAAAUACUGAAAUGUUUAAAAAAAAGGUGGUGAAUAUCGAACUUAGAAAUGACUGCUAUAAACCUAACCUAAUAAACUGUUGUAUAUGGCACUUUAGAAGUUGCGAUUGCGUACAUUUACGCUCAUUAUUCAUAAAUUUGACCGAUUCAAUCGAGCUUCUCGCUACACGUAUAUGAGCUGUGCCAUGAGA